AUGGAUUCCGAUUCAGACUCCGAUGCUUCUCAUGUCUCCGCCACUCCUCCCCGCGACUCAUUUCCCCAGCCACCGCCACGGCGUUUGCCUCCGGUCUCCCGGAAAGCUGCUUUUUCUUCCUCCUCUAGCACGAAGAAGCCCAAAGCACCUACACAGCCGCCUCCGAAUCAUCACUCUGAGGAAGCUCCAUCUCCAUUAUUCACAAAUCUCCCUUUCCGGAUCUGCGAACCUUCCAACACUGCUGGGUUUUCCUCUUCCGUUUCGUCAUUCUCCAGACUCCGUAGAGCUUCUCUUAGAUCAGAAGAGAAAUCGAAAUCGGACGAAAUCAAUUUCGUGCCGGAGCCUGAUCAAAUAGUGGCAAUUGCUCCUCCAAAAUCCGUUAUUAGGAGAAAGCCUCCUAAUCUCAUCACAGACACGAUCAAUUCUCCGCCGGUGAAAGCUCCAGUGAUUCGUCGCAGCGGUGGCAGUGAAGGUAAUUUCGUGAAAUUGAACUUAAAUGGCAAAAGAGGGAAGAAGUUUCCGAGCAAAUACAAAGGCAUAUCCAAAUCUAGAAGCAAGUAUGCAUACAGAGGGAAGAGGUACAAGAAGGCAGAAGAAAAUGGUGAAGGCGAAAUCUUGUUGGAAGAAGAAGCGGAUUUGCAAAAACUUAGAGAAGAGGAAGAUAAUGGUUUUGUAAGCUUAGUAGAAGAUGCGAUUCUUGAAGUGAAGAAUGAGGUUUCUGAUGAGAGUUUGACGAAGCUGUUGAAUUUAGUUUAUGGUUAUGAUUCUUUUCGAGAUGGGCAGUUGCAGGCGAUCAAGAUGGUCCUUGGUGGGACUUCAACGAUGCUGGUAUUGCCCACAGGUGCUGGUAAGUCUCUAUGUUACCAGAUUCCGGCAAUGAUUCUUCCGGGGAUCACGCUUGUUGUGAGUCCUUUGGUGUCGCUGAUGAUCGAUCAGUUGAAGCAUUUGCCUUCUGUUAUUAAAGGUGGUCUCUUGAGCAGUAGCCAGAGACCUGAGGAGGCAACAGAAACAUUGCGGAAACUUAAAGAGGGCAUAAUAAAGGUUCUCUUUGUAUCGCCCGAGAGAAUUCUGAAUGCAGAAUUUUUGUCAAUGUUUCGCAUGUCUUUAACUGUGUCUCUUGUCGUUGUGGAUGAGGCUCACUGUGUAUCAGAAUGGUCUCAUAACUUCCGCCCUUCAUACAUGAGACUCAAGGCAUCAAUGCUCCGUUCUGAACUCAAGGCAGAAUGCGUUCUUGCAAUGACUGCAACCGCCACUACUAUGACUCUGCAGGCUGUCAUGUCUGCACUAGAGAUACCAUCAACUAAUCUUAUUCAGAAGUCACAACUGAGAGACAAUUUUGAGUUGACUGUCUCAUUGAGUGGUGCUAACAGAUUGAAAGAUCUAUUGAUUUUGAUGGAGUCUCCUCCAUAUAAGAAGAUUCAAAGCAUUAUUGUGUACUGCAAAUUUCAGUUUGAGACUGACAUGAUAAGCAAAUAUUUACGUAAUAACAACAUCAUGGCAAAGGGGUACCACAGUGGACUACCUGCAAAAGACCGUGUUCGCAUACAGGAGUCAUUUUGUUCCAACAAGAUUAGAGUGGUUGUUGCAACUGUGGCAUUUGGCAUGGGACUUGACAAGGGAGAUGUUGGAGCUGUAAUCCAUUUCAGCAUGCCAGGCAGUUUGGAAGAAUACCUUCAGGAAAUUGGACGAGCUGGUCGAGACGGGCGUUUGUCUUAUUGCCAUCUUUUUUAUGAUGAUACCACAUAUCUAAAGCUCCGGAGUCUUGCACACAGUGAUGGUGUCGAUGAAUAUGCAGCUGGAAAAUUUCUCACCCAUGUGUUCUCCUCUGAGACAAAGCAACAUGAGAAGAUAUGCUCGCUAGUCAUUGAUUCUGCCUCUCAUAAAUUUGAUAUGAAGGAAGAGGUUAUGCAAACGAUUUUGACACAUUUGGAGCUGGGGGAAGUGCAAUAUUUACGUAUGCUUCCACAGCUCAACGUAUGUUGCACUUUAAAUUUCCACAAGUCUUCUCCAAAUACUCUGGCUGCAAGAAGUAGCAUAGUCGCAGCUAUUCUGAAGAAGUCUCAGGUGAAGCAAGGUUUAUACAUCUUCGAUAUACCAGCUGUGGCCUCUAGCAUAGGUUCUGCAACAACAGAUGUCUUGGCUGAGAUUCAAACACUGAAGAUGAAGGGGGAAGUAACAUACGAGAUGAAGGACCCUGCCUUUUGUUACACAAUCUUAGAAUUUCCAAGGGAUAUGUGUUCAUUGUCCAGUCAUCUUACCAAGUGGCUCACAGAGAUUGAAACUUGCAAAGUGAGAAAACUAGAUAUUAUGUCUAGUGCAGCCGUGGCCGCUAUAAAUGUCUCCGACACUCCAGAACUUACCUCUGGUGCUAAGCAAACUCUGAGCCUGCAAAGCAGAAUUUCGGAGUACUUCAAUGGAGACGAAAACUGUGACACUCCAAGCAGGACGACUCAAAAUUGCGCAUUUCUACGAGCGGACAUAAAGGUGUUUUUGCAGAGUAAUCGCCAGGCGAAAUUCACACCAAGAGCUAUCGCGAGAAUAAUGCAUGGAGUUGGAAGUCCAGCUUUUCCCAAUUCAAUCUGGUCCAAGACUCAUUUCUGGGGAAGGUACAUCAGCAUAGACUUCGGUGCGAUAAUGGAAGCGGCACAAACAGAACUGCUCAAUUUUGUUGAUAGAAAUGCAGCUUUAGCUAUAUAG